AUGAUUGAUCUAGUCACUAGAAAUUCCGAGAGUCUCUUCAACUUUUUUGUCAUUUAUGAAAUUGAAAAAAGCUUAACCAGGUUUCUUUUUCCUAUUUCCACUGGCCGCGAAUUCGUAGACCGUCUCAUUGAGUUUGGUCCAGGCUGUUGUAGAGAGCCUCGUUGCGGGGAGUUUUACAUCCUUCUCUUCACUGAUAAUGAAGGUCGAUCCGAAUAUGCCCACUGUCUCCAAACUAUCGAAGACAUUUUUAUUUGUUUUACCAGUUACCUACCAUGGUUUGAGUGCUUCCAUCGUCUAUUGGAAGAAGUCAAAUCGAAGGAGCUUUAUAAACACGAUCAACUUUCUAUACUUCAACAGUUUAUUUUAAAGUUGUAUGGCUUGAAGCCUCCACCAGCUGAGAAGAAUGCCAUUUCCAUUCCAUACCCACUACCCCAGACUCCAAGUACGCAAUCCAAAGUGCGUAACCUUCCUAUGGUAAGCUAUGGUAAUUGUUGUUUUUGGUCGCUCAUCCAUACGUUCGUACAUUCGUUGGUUCGGGCACGCAAAUUUAUUGCCUCAGAAGCGCUCUCACACAUACAGACCGACGUAGUUUUUGCUUUCGAGUUUAUCCUUUUUCGUGCUUCCUCUUGGCAGGAUAUUCGAUUACCCAUACCAAACCCCAACAACCCUCACUUUUUGAAGGCUCUUGAACACUAUUAUUCAUUGGAGCCCCAUCAAUGGGUAGACAUUUUUACCAGUAUGCUUUUGGAGAAGAGCAUUCUCUUCUACUCAAAGAGUCGACAACGCCUAACCUACUGUAUUAUCGCUGCAGUCUCACUGCUCCAUCCUCUCUCAUGCCUUCAAGCAGGGGAUGAUUCUUUAUUUUUGGUUAAGGAAGCCAAACCUUACAUCACCUACGCUACCCGUGUAGUGGAUCUUGAUGGCCAACAAAUCUACGCAAACGUACCAGAGGAGGAGUUGGACAAUGAGGACGUCCCUGCACCCAUCCUAGAUUUCUUUGGGCUGCAGUUCUCCGAUGGCAGUCGCUUCCUUAAAUCGGCAAUGAACACAAAGAGCCACGAAUUCGCAUCAUGGAAGACCUCCCAGCUACCAGUGCAGAAUUUCCUAUUUCAUCAGGCUAAACCCUUCUUUGCCAUCAUCGUCAAUCUCCUAGGUUAUUGGGUUGCUAAUGACGAGAAGAUUUAUAUAAUUAAGGAUGGGAUUGCAAUAGUCCUCUCCUCUACUUCCGUCCACAUAAUCACCUUCUUUAUGAUCGUUCCUUUAAUCGCUCGAGUGACCGUCUCUCAUACUUUAGACGAUGAGUUCCCAGGCGUAAGUUGCUAUGACAAUGAUCUUCUUAAGAGCAUUAGUUUUUUCCUUGUAGGGUACUUCCGCGAUUGCAGAGAUUCAGCUGGUCACGUGGAUUUCCAACAGAUGAUCGCGUGUCAGGAUUGCCCACAAUUAAAAACUUUCCUUCAGCGACUGUACGAGUCUCAGAUGGUCCAUUGUUUCCUGGAUGAUAGGCUGGCUAAGCACACAGUUGACGAAUUUGACGUUCAGGCUCGCCUCCUCUCCGACAAGUGUAAGGAACGUCUUCAACAGAGUGGCUCCAAUAAACCUAACUUUGGGGAUUCUCGAUGGAUUGAGUGCAAGCGCCCAAUCACCACCAAUGGGACAAUUAACAAUUUGCGCAUUCGACGCAAAUUUGGCCAUCAAUUUUUCAAGUUGACUUCUAAGGGCGCUUCGAAAGCAUCUCGCUCCAAAUCAGAGAAAUCGAGCUCGCGACCAGCGCAAAAAGAAGCAGCUAACGGUUUCUCAUCGACUCCCUCCAUUCCGCACUCUCGUAGCACCAAUGGAGUCAAUUCGGCGCGUGAGAGUCUUAUCGUCGCACCUAACGCCAUUGCAGCGUCUAAUCCGCUCUUCCAUCGCCAUAUCUCCUCCCUCAACACACCACGGGAAGACCUUAGCUUCCGAAUGUUGGGACAUCGAUUCACCUCCAAAUCCCCUCAUUUCCACAAUAGCGGCUCUGCCGAGAGUCGACAACGCGUCACUGCUCCAGUCACCGCCUAUCGCCCCAUCCGCCCGCAGCAGAACGCUCGAACGUUCACUCCCAAAACCGCAAUGGCAACGUCAUUUAGUGAACGUCUUCCGUCGCCCGUGGAGUGUCUCAACGUCUCACAGAGCAUCCCAGUCGAGGGACCAGUCAGAGAGACUCCAAUCACUCCCACCACUGUCUCGCCCCGGCCACCGAUUCCGCCGAAGAAUUUUACUCUCUUGGCCAACGAUAAGCAAUGCCACCGCACCACUGCACCCCCACCCGUCCCACGGCGCAACUUUCAAAACGCUGUCCCCUCCGCUCCCUUCUCAGACUUCUCCUCCUCCUACUCGGGGAGUUUCAAGCCCCCCAGCCACCACAGAGGCACGAACGCGUCCCCUCCAGCUCUACCUCCGCGUCGCGCCUCCCUUCAGCCCAUCAAUCGGUCCCUUUCGCCAUCAUCAGCAGCACACCCAGCGCCAGUAGUGAUGACUAGCUUCACCUCCGUCACUUCUACCUCGACGAAAUGCGCCAGUUCCACGCCUGACUUGUUGGACGAGGUGGGUAGCGGUGCUGGAGGCAUAGGUGGAAGCAUCAGUAGUGAGUCGAUACUUGCCAGCAGCGCCUCGGUUCGAACGGUGGAGAGCGCUAAUGGAAGAGAUUGUGGUGGUGGAGGCAAUAUUGAUGGGGAAGCUGGUGAUAAGCAACUAGCGAUUCUGGCAUUUCGGUCACCAGGUUUUAUCUCACGUUCAAAUGAUAGUUGUGAGUGGCUCUUUUUGUUGUCAUUGCUGUCUUUUGUGGUUUCAUUCUUAGAGUCCAUUAAACCCCGUAAUUUUGUGAUUGGAGCCUUAAAUACUUGA